GUCCCAGACUUUGGGAUUUCAAAUACUCGUACAAAUUUGAGAUAGUUUGCUAACUUCUUCUUCUUUUUUUUUUUUUUUUUUGCCAAAUAAAGAUAUUAAAAACGGCAAAUACCAUCCACCAUCACUGUCAUUUCAUAAAAAGCGAAAAUUCCAACAAAGAAGGGAGGAUAUGCUCAGAGCGAGGGACAGACCUUGAUGAUCAAUACCGCGAGAGCAAUGAGUUGGACUUGGAUCUGCUCAAGAGACAGAAGUGAGGAUGGCCCGGCCUCUGGAGCAGGCGGUGGCUGCCAUCGUGUGCACCUUCCAGGAAUAUUCCGGGCGCUGCGGGGACAAGCACAGACUCUGCCAGGCAGAGCUCAAGGAGCUGCUGCAGAAGGAGCUGCCCACCUGGACCCCGACGAAUCUGCGAGAGCGUGACUACAAUAAAUUCAUGAGUGUCCUGGACACCAACAAGGACUGUGAGGUGGACUUCGUGGAGUACGUGCGCUCCCUCGCCUGCCUCUGCACCUAUUGUCACGACUACUUCAAGGACUGUCCCCCUGAGCCCCCCUGCUCCCAGUAGGCUCUGCUCCCACGGGCAGGGUCUGCUGGGGCAGGACCUGAUAGGUGGGCCGGGUCUACCCACGAGGCCGGAGACGUGAGGGGCCCUCCCCAGGGUCACAGCUGGAAGAUACACAGAGCAGCCAGCGCUGUCUCCCUAUGGCGGCCGUGCUGGGGGGAGGCUGCCAAGGCCCAGCAGAGCGCGUGCACAAGGGAGACCAUGGCGGGGAGGGGCCCAUUUAACUCCUAAUAAAGAA